GUGUUUAACUAAAAAUGACAUCUCGUGCCAGGAGUUCGUGAGUUGAUGGUGGAUUUACGCCCAAUUUCACGUUUAAUUGAUCGAAGCCUGAUUAAAACAAAAUUUCCAAGCAAAUGUUCACAGUUUUUUCUUCACGUAAAUUCGUAAUUUUUUACCUUAACAAAGAGUGCAGACAGCAUCACGUGCUGUCUACAAGCCCUUCUGUUAACAGCUGAUGUAUGUACGUGCAAAUUCUAACCUUACUACAUUCAAACUUAACCAAACAAAAACUCAUCAACACUGAUACCAAAAUAAGGACAAAAUGUCCCUUCGAAAUUUAAGGAUUCUACGCUUUUCAAAAUUACCACUUUGCAACCGAUUGCUGAAAAACAACUAUCGAACUUUCACCUCGGUGGCGACCCAUAAAAAUGAGCAGGAAACUACCGAAAAAAGCACCCAUUUCGGCUUCGAAACCGUUAAAGAAAGCGAAAAACAAGAAAAGGUUGAUAAGGUAUUCGAGGAUGUCGCCAAGGAUUAUGACAUCAUGAACGAUGCAAUGUCCUUGGGAAUUCAUAGAAUCUGGAAAGAUUAUUUCAUGUGUCAACUCGGUCCUACUAAGAACACUAAGCUCUUAGAUGUCGCCGGAGGAACCGGGGAUAUUGCUUUUAGGUUUUUAAAUUAUGUGAACAAGUACAAAAUUGAGGGCUGCCAUGUCACAGUAACUGAUAUAAAUCCUCGUAUGUUGCAAGUUGGUAAAAAGAGGAGUCAGGAAUUGAAGCAUAAUCCUGAUUUAAUUUCUUGGCAGGAAGGUAAUGCUGAAGAACUACCUUUCAAGGACAAUAAGUUUAAUGCAUAUACAAUAGCUUUUGGGAUUAGAAAUUGCACUCAUAUCGACAAAGUGUUGAGUGAAGCUUAUAGGGUAUUACAACCUGGAGGCAGAUUUAUGUGUUUGGAGUUUAGCCAACUGGAAAGUUCUACUGCACAAUGGCUCUAUGAUCAAUACAGUUUUCAAGUAAUACCUGUGAUGGGACAACUUAUUGCAGGCCAGUGGAAACCUUAUCAGUACUUAGUGGAAAGUAUCAGGCAGUUUCCAAAUCAAGAAACUUUUAAAACUAUGAUCGAAGAAUCUGGUUUCCGACAAGUGAGUUACGAAAAUGUUACUUUAGGAGUGGUGGCAAUACAUUCAGGAUUUAAGUUGUGAAUACAUAAAUAAAACUUGUUUGUUGUGUUCCUUAUUUUAUAUUUUCGAGAAAUAAUAUUUAAUUUAAAUUACAAUAAAUUCAAUUUAUUA